CUGAGCGCAGGUAUCAAAACUGUGGGACAGAGAUGCCGAGGGAACCAGAUUCUGCUUAUGUUGAGCCCAUCGCAACAAAUCCUUAUUACAACUGCAGAAAAUUUGUAAGACUGUCAAGCGACGAAGACUCUCCCUCUUACCAAAACGUGGCUGGUCCAUCCGGAAGCAGAAGAUGCUUCUUUGUGGACAUGGAUAUUUACGAGAACAGCGCAGAGAUCCAGUUGUGGAGAGAAUCACAGGUUUCCGACGAAGACUCCCACUCUUACCAAAACGUGGCUGGUCCAUCCGGAAGCAGAAGAUGCUAUAAUGCCGAUGAUGAACCAGAUUGUAUCAAUGCAGCCACAGACAGCAGGAAGCACAGGGGGCCCCAUGAGAAAUACUGA